ACCGAUCAGCCAGCAGCGUGGACUAGGAUGGCCUCGGUAAAGGCUCUGCUGCGGACACCCGCCUACAACCCCCUCCCGCUUCCGACCCUCCCGUCCCCCGAGCCGCACGGCCGAGACGCCGAGCAGCUCCCACCGCUCGCAGAAAGCCUUGUUCUCCCAUACUCCUUGAUACAGACACGCCACCACCACCUCACAUCCCUCCUCCCCCUCGCAUUCUCCCACCCGCCCAUACCGUCUCAUAAUAAGCCUAGGGCAAAGCCCUUGCCAAAAGGCGUCUUUGUGUUCCCGACCCCGCCGCCUCCCGUUCAUCCCCUCCCAACUAGAGAAUAUCACGGGCCCAGAGAUCUGCUCAAUGAGGCCUCUCCUUCUGCAACGCCUCCUGCCAACCCAGCAUCGACACCUGUCCCACCGCAACCCAAGGGGCGCAAGCGUUCAGGUGAACCUGAACCUCCAGCCCAUGAGAUCGAGUGCAUCGCGCGUGUGACAUUGGCUCUGGGCCCAAUGUCUUUCCACGGCACAGAGCUAUGGGUCGGGCGCUUUGUGGAGCCCAGAGCUAAUAAGCCCAAGAAGGAAAGAGCCAAACCAGGCGAGCGAAGGGAGAGGGAAAAAAAGAGGCGAGAAGGGAUAGAAAAGGAACGACAGAGAACACAUUCAGGUCCGAGUGCUACACCUAAACCCGCCGCUUCGGUGGCAAGGCCAACAGUCGCCACUGCUGGGCCGUCCGCUCCUCGCAUGCGGCCCCCAGCACCGGGACCGGCCGUGACAAACCGCACAGCGGCUUCGCCCCAACUCAUCCAACUCGUUAAUCAGGCUGCCUCUCGUCACCCAUGGCUUUCAUCUCUUAUCUACAAAGCGGCGGGUAGCACAGCCAACCAAGACGAGUUGGAAAGAUUAGGGAGAGCAGUGGCAAGGCUCAGCAAAGGAGAAGCAAUCGACGAUCUAGCACCGCAGCGUGUGAACAUUGCUUCUAGUGAGGUUUUGAAAGGGAAAGGAAAGGAGACUGCUGCAAGUACUUCUCACGCUUCAAAGACGUCUGUUCCCGCAGUUCCAGGGCCAUCAAGUCUAUCAGAAAAGCCCACAUCUGCUCCUGCUCCCUUGCUUUCUCAAAAUACUUCCUCGUCAACUCUUACACCCGUCGUACCGGCUGAAAAAGACAAGGAAGACAAGAAGGAUGAUGCAGAAUCUGAUUGGGACAGUGAAGUUGAGAUGAAAGGUCCUAAACAGGUCGGAGGAGGCCCCAUCGGCCCUUCCACUCUCGAUUCUGCGGCCGCAGCAUCCACCAUACCGUUGACAUCUACCGCUACUCAACCUUCCUAUGCACCCAGCUCCGUGCCCGCUUCCCAGGCGGCCAAUCCUUCAGUCCCUUCUCCUGUCCCUGGGAUUGUCCCCUCUCCUAUCCCUGUGUCAGCAUCAACAUCUUCUGCAGUGCCAUUGUCCCCGCAUGCGCCGCCUCCUAAACCUAACCUCCCUAAUCCACCGCCAUUCUUGUUGAUUGCAUUCAAAGAGCAUCCCACAGACAAAUUCUUAAUCCCCUUGGGAUCAAGGAGUUUUGUCAGCCGUGUUGGCGGGGAUUGGGUUACUAGCAAACCUCCCCAUCUUGCUCCCGACACUACGCUGCCUUUGGGCCAAUCCCUGGAAACCAGUGGCAAUACAAAUCCAACAGUGGCUCCACAGCCAGCAGCCCAGGCGGCCAUCUCCAGAGAACUGCAAGCUUUACAGUCUUCUGCAAAAUCGUCUUCUUUUGAGCUAGAGGCUCAGUCACACUCAAAACGCAGAGGACGUACCCAUGUUCGCCCAACCAAUGCCAAUUCCCCCUCUCCGGCACCACCCAAAGUCAAGACCAAGCCCAUCGAAGAACCCAGCUUGACAACAACAACAACAACACCAGAGUUUCCGCCUCUUCCUCAACUUCCCGGUCAAAAUCCUCCCCCUGGAACAGUCCUCAUCUCUACUCUUGUGCCGGCUAAUAAAUGGAACAAGGUUGACUGGGCGUCAUUGGGCAAAAAAGUACCUUGGUCUGAGGACUGGAACAGUAAAGUCAAAGCUGGGACGAAUGAAAAUGUCAGAGAGGAGGAGCCUUUGCCAUUACCUUUGUCAGAUGCCUCAUCCCAGAACCACGUCCAGUUACUUAAUCUUGCUGCUGAAGACUUCCUCCCUGAAAAUGGACCUCUGAAAGCAAUCACGAUCAGGUUGGGCCAAGUGGACGAUCAGAUCUGGGGGAGAAUGAAAGACGUGAUGACCUUGGUCGACCGGGCGGAGAUCAUGGCCUUGUCGGCGAUGGGCGUCUUGCCGCCUGCUCCAGACUCUAUAACCCACCCUGCCGACGACCCAGAGAUCAGAGAAGCAUACCUCUUGCACAAAACGUCCCUCUUUUCAUCUCUCAUGGGCCGCACUCGACAACCCCGUCGUUUCUUACACACCCGUCCGUCUUCUCCGCCUGCUGCUCUUGUAGAUGCAACAGUAGAUAAAAUGGCUCCGCGUCCCUAUCCCAUAUCUACCAAACCGCUGUAUCAUGUCGAAGAGGGUGACAACGAAAUGGAGGGGCGACGGGAUAGCGUGAGGCAAUGGUCGCCAGAUGUAGAAUUCGAUGACGGUCUCGGGAGAAGGAAGAAGAAGAAGACAGCUCAAGAAACGGUAGGAUUCGAAAUGCCCGUCUCGUUGGAAGCGCUUGAUGAGCGGGUGGAGGCCAGUGCUCAAAAAGCACUUUUGGGAAAGCGCGGAAGAGCCGGUGGAGGAGAAGGAGCAAGGAAAGAAAAGCAAAGGCGGGGAAUUGAAAAAGGAAUAUGCGAAGGCUGCGCAAGAGAGGGAAUUAAGAUUUGGAGAAGAGGACCGAGUGGAAAAGGAACAUUGUGUAAUUCAUGUGGCGAUCUUUUCACUGAGGGGAAACUGCAAUACAGUGACUUGAAGGCCCCUGGAGCAAUGAAAACUCUGUUGGCUGCCAACCAGGACGUCAGCGGAGCGGACGCCAUGCAUAAUCAGGUGGAAGAAAAGAAUGACAGUGUGCCUGUCAAGGCCGAGCAAGGUCGUACGACCGAAGAGGCUCUCGGGGACGGCACAGCCAUCAAUUCGGAAGAACAGAAAGAAACAUCUACCCAGGUCGUGCAAGCUGAGAGACCACCAGAACAUUCGCCACAGCAUCAUGCUGUCGAGAGUCAACCUGCAACGCAAAGCUUGCCAGAAACGAUAGAACCAGGGGUGGACAUGCAGAAUCAAAAGAGUUUGUAAGCAAGGAUAUCAGGCUGAAUUUGGCAUGAUCGAUCAGCACUUGCUGUUGUUCCGGUAGCCCAGGGGUAGGGGGGUGGGGGGAGAAUAUUGUGUAGCCACAACAUCCUGAACCAAAUAGCCGAGUUCUGGCGUCUAUGCAUUUGU